GAACUGGGCGUUGCAGGAUCUGUGGGUUGUGUCUUUGAGGUGAACAACACAUCCGCCAGUCACCCAUUCACUGAGGUUACAGCACAUGGUACCUGGAUUGUUUUCGUCUAAAAACACCCAGUGAUUUGAUAGUUGCUACUUAUUUAUAGAGAUCGUCAAGAAAAGCGCAGAAGGACAGUGGUCGUUGUUACCUAAAUAAGUUAAAUACCGGCGAAACGAAAGCUUGAAAAUGGACGGUGGCGUGACAGUGAUCACCAAUCCCACGGUGUCGGUGCGGCUGACCAGUACCAUCAGUUCGUUCGAGGUGAAUAAACGAUACAACAGGGGAAUCACCAUCGCCGAAUUCAAGGGUAAAUUGGAGAUGGUUGUGGGUACCCCGGCCUCCAGCAUGGAACUGCAGCUUUUCAGUACCACUGACAAGUUCAUGCAGAAACUGGACGACAACGAGGCCCUGCUAGGUUCCUACCCUGUGGAUGAUGACUGCAAAAUUCACGUGAUCGACCGCAGUGGAGCCCAGAGCGGAGAGUUCAGUGAUCUGUCUAAAGUGGAGAAAUUUGAGAUUCCAGAUGAGGUCUAUGAGAAGAGGACAGACUCUGUAAGGUCAUUCAUGAAGAAGCAACGUGUUGGUCGCUUCAAUGAAGAAGAGACGGCUAAAAAGGAGGCGGAGCUUGCAGCUCGCGAGGCCGAGGAGGAGGCUGCUGCUUCCGCCAUCGACGUUGGCAACCGCUGCCAAGUGCAGGUUGUUGGGCUACCCACCAAGAUUGGCACCGUUAUGUAUGUUGGUACAGUAGAUUUCAAGCCAGGUCAUUGGGUGGGAGUGAAGUAUGACGAGCCUCUUGGGAAACAUGACGGCAGUGUGAAGGAGAAGCGAUACUUUGAAUGUGAGAACAAGUACGGUGCGUUUGUCAGGCCCCUGACGGUGACUGUGGGGGACUUCCCAGAGGAAGACUACGGUCUGGAUGAGAUGUAGGACUGUGAUGCUGUCACCCAGUCAAAGGGUGUGGGCAGAUGGGUUCAACAAAAGUUCAACUUUGACCUCCAGUCCGAUUUCGAACCCAGGGCGAGGGACAGUGUCAUUGCGAUUUAAUAACUUUCUUUUGUUUUGCGCUGGUCAGGGAGGUAUGGGUUGGACUAUAGAGAGCUGCAACUGGGGGAGGAGGCAGUAUCACCUAGGACCAAAUCUAAUGUAGGACCUCUCUUGUGGUGUUUGAUAUCAGAAUUGAAAUUCAGUGCAGAAAGUGCGUAAACCAUCAUGGGAGGAUCUAACCUAGUCAACGUUUCAUGUGAAUGCUGUCGAAGGGUAUGAAGUGGACCUCUUAUGCAUUACUUUCCCUUCAUAAGUACCCGCUGCCCCCACUCAAUUACACUGCUCAAUGAUGAGUUGUUCCAAGAUGGAAGACGACUACUAAUAUUCAUCACUAGCAUUCUGUAUCAGAUCAGACUGUUGGGUUCCAAAUCAUAUUCAAGUGUGUCUGCUAAAUGACUAAAAUGUAAAUGUAAGUGAUCUAUGUUUUAUUCAAUCUGUACAGUGCAUUUGGAAAGUAUUCAGACCCCUUGAUUUUUAGUCAUUUACAGAUACCUUGUUUACAUAAGUAAUUUCACAGUAGUUUUGAAAGUGGCGCUCAUGAGCUGAAACUGGUCCCUGUUUUUUGUGUACUAUAUCAUCCAAUUGUGUACUAUGUCUUUCAUUUUGUGUGAUAUGAUACGAAUUUGGCAAUUUGUAUGAUAUGUAUUUUGCAAUUCAUGUGUUACAAAUCCAAUUCGUGCCAUAUUUUACAAAUUUGUUGUGUAAGAUCCAGGACUGCAUCUUUAAAUGUGGAAUUUACUGUAUAUUGAAUGAGGAUAGUUGAGAAAAGCUCUCGAAUUAAAGUACAAAGUCUUUGAUGCCUUAUUACAACUACAUUGUUGGAUAUAUUUAAUGUAAAUGAUAACCAUGUGGUCCUACUGGUUCCUUUGAUCCAGUGGAUGUAGAAAGCAAGCAUUCCUAAAUUGAUGUCCUCAGACUUUUGAGUUAAACCUUGAAUUGCCCAUCACAUCCUAGAUUCUAAAUGGAUAAUGGGCAGUCAUAAAAAGCACCACAAUGUUCAUCAAAUGUCAAUUAUCAACCCAGGCCAGGGUUCUAUCAAACUUUAAUAAAUCCCAUGCUUUGGAAUGCAAUAAUUAAAUAAUAAAAGUAACAAAAUAUCUAGUUUUACUGACUAGAGGCAAAAUGUUAAGUUUAUUUAAUAUUCAAUGGUUAUUGUACCAUAAAGCCCUUUGUUGUUGUAGGUCAUGUCCCUGUUCUAGAUUCUGGAAACUGCUUCUAACACUCAACACUUCAAAUGUCUGAACACCAGCUAUGCACAUUGACAGCAUGCAGUUCAGCUGAGCGCUCAGCUGACGACAAUGCACUUUUGAUAUGGAUGACACAUCUUAUACUUGCUUCUACUGAGCUUCAUUGUACAGCUCCUCAUCGCCACUUCAGAGUUGACUCAUGAAAGCAUGUGAUCUGUCAUUUGUUUUGUCACUUGUGGUUGAGUGAGUUUUUGAAGAGAAAAUGAAUAUUUUUCCCGGACAUUGUCAGCAACUGACAGGCCCUGAUUUGUCCAAGAAUUGCAAUCUGUUCUUAUGAAAUCUCAAAGGUGCUGGUGUUAUUUUUGAUGUGCCAAAGUGUAAUGGUAUCUUAUGCACAAUAAAAAAUAAAAAACAUACCCGCA